AACCUCUAGUGAGAGCUUCUGUACACCUGCUCCCUCGUUUGACGGAGGAGUGUAGACCCUGUCAGAUUCGAUGAAUCAUGAUAAGAUUCACGAAGUGCGGGUGAAGAUAAGGAGCGCUCUGUUUAUGGUUCAUGGACUGUCAGAUGAACUCGGUCUCUUCGUUACCACCUGUCAAAAGGGAAUUUGGCGACAUUCCGUUUUUUUCAGGGGAUGCUGCAGAAAGCGUGAAGAGCAUUUUCUCUUGAAUUCAGCUGCCUCUUAGGCCGAGGGGAUACCAGCCAUGAAAUUUAUUCGGUGCGGGCGAUGCUCGCAGGGAUACUUUGUGACUUUGCGCGUCGAUCGGUGAGAAGGCUCCGGAGCUGAUCUCAGGCGUGAUCGUUCGUAAUUAUCUUCUUAAAACCUGUUCAGAGAUUGAAGCACUGACGGCACACUGAAGAAUCAGAUAGACUGGUGCUUGUUCGACUUGUGUGGAGCAAAGGAUUGACGGGAGGAAAUUUUGGAGGGCAUGACUCGUGAUGCGUAGGUCCUUCCUCCUCCCGGCAUUCAUUUCUUCCUGGCACUUCACUUGGUGUGGGAGUGAGCUUUCAGGAAUUUCUGAUCCGUAUCGUAUGCCGAAUCUUUCGUUGGGGAAAAUCAAUCGAUUGGCUUCGGAAUACAUUUUCGAGAUUCUUCUCGCCUAAGAGUAAAAGCUUUGAAAUGGUGAAGGUUGCGGGUGAGCGGGAGACAUACCAGCGACGUCCAGCGCGGGCUUAGGGUGGAUGGGGACCGUCGGUAUAAUGUUGAUCACUCAAACAGCAAUCAGUUUUUGAUGAUCCAACAUCAGCGGUGACAAGAUUCGAGGAUCCUUUUGGUCCACAAUUUCUCAGUUUGUCGACACUGUAAACAUGACUAUGGGUGGGGUUUCUGAAGAUAGGGGAGGAAAUUCCAGUUGGACGGUGAAACUCUCGCGCAGAAAUGAAGAUGGUACGGAAGGUGCAUAUGAGCAGAUCGUAGGAGCUGCAGAGAAGGAGCAGGACGCAGUGGAUGCAAUCCCUUCCAGGCAGUGGUUUGUGAUACCCGUGGUAAUAUUUGCUACGGUGGCCAUUUCAGCAGCUGGCGCGCUGACGAAAUUGAUGACGAACGCUGCACCGAUUUCUCAAGCAGCGUGGCGGCUUCAGCUCACCUCCUUGGUCUUGCUACCCGGUUUCAUAUGGCAAUGUUGCCGCAUGACAGACAGAGAACGUCAACGAACUUUACACUGGACCAAUGUUGGAGUGAUUCUUCUCAGUGCCAUUUCGCUUGCCUUUCACUUCGGUCUGUGGAUUUGGUCAUUAGACCACACAUCGUUGCCACAUAGUUUGCUGCUCGUAUCAAUGCCUCCAGUCAUAGUAGCAGCAUUUGAGUGCUUGCAAGGAAAAUAUUUAUCGAGAGGAGAAACAAUUGGAGUGGCCCUUGGAGUUGGAGGCGCGAUUGUUAUAGCAGCUGGGUCUAAAGUGGAAAUGGAUGUGGAGGUUAGCAUGCUCGGAGACUUGGCAGCAUUUAUGGGUGCUGUAGCUUUUGUUGCCUACAUAAGCGCUGGAAAACAUCUUCGAGGGUGGAUGCCCCUUUACGUGUACGCUUUUCCAGUAACAGCUGGUGCAGCAAGCAUCCUCACAUUGGCCGGGAUGAGUUUGGAAGGACUGCAUCACUCGCCCUCUGGUGAAAUCAGUGGGCCUUUCGGAUGGCUUAGAAAAGAGUACGUGCUGCUGAAUCUGAUGUUAGCUUUAGGGCCCGGCUUCGUUGGACACACAGGAUUCAACGCUGUCCUGCGCCACUGUACCGCUCUGCUAGUGGCCAUGGCCACGACAGUCGAGCCUCUACUAGGAUCUGUCAUCGCCUGGGCUCUAAACGUUUCGAGUGUCCCUGGUCUGUGGACGUGCAUAGGAGGCACGGUGAUGCUGUUGGGAACGUUGUGGGUGAGCUAUGCCUCGGAACAAGAAAGUAAGUCAGGACAGGAUGAAGUCAAUCGCGAGGAACACGCAGAGCUCGGAGGGGCUGACGGCCUGGCAAGUGAACAAGAUGGCUUAGAAGCAGAACAAGCCAGAGAGAGGAGAAGAAAUUUAUUGCGAUCGUCCGAACGGCCUUGACAGAAUCUGGUUACCCUUCGUAGCAUGAAGAGUAGUAUAAAAUUGACCGCUUGCAGUACCAGCCUAUGCUCAGCUCAGUCGAGCGAAAGACGAAGGUUGGCGACCAAGUUGUCGUCCAGCAAUGACAUUUUCUUCAGUCCUUGCUGCUGCUGCUGCUGCUCCUGGCGGGCGGACGGACUGCCGGCGUGGUAGCCAGACAGCUGAGAAGUUGUUGACAUGCAAUCAACCCAACUGGGCUAAGUCAACUCCAGAGAAAAGACCACAUCCCUAGGAGGAGAAGCCAAGGAGUGAUGUGGACCGCAUCUGGGUUGGGGAUCACUGGCUCCGCGUCCGGUGCAAUAAGGUUGUUGUCGCCCGCUGUUGUAAAACCUCGGCAAAUUAAUGUGACGAGUACGGUGCUGUCAGCGAGGUUUUGACUAGUGAACCUUUGGCUUUGGCCCAUGGCCGACGUACGUCCGUAGUUGAACCUAAGCUCAGUCGAGCUGAGCACUUGCUUUUCGGUAUCUAGUGUAAGAUACGUGAGCAGGAGCGUACCAGUCACUUCACUCUGGCUGCAGUACGUGUUGAGUAGAUUGUUGCGCACGUCAGGAUUCGGGCGUACUGGGAGUCCUGCCUGGUCAUGGUUUUUGAUUUCAUACCAAUCUUCGGAAGGCAAGAAGGACUACAUACGUCUGCAGUUCGCUAUGUAUGGGAUCUGCAGGUGGAUGUGAUGCGACGUGAGGUGCAGAAUAGUGUUAUUUUAAUGGUGGUGAAUUUGCGCCCGAGCAUAAUUUUCGGACUUGAAAAUAAUACCCCGGAAUACUACAUUCCCUCCCGUGUGGACAGCUUUACGACGGUGCAAGUGAUUGCAUAUCCAUGUUCGGAUACACACGGCCUUGUGCUGACGGGAAGAAACCUUUGGGCUAUAAUGUGUUCCAUGUGCGGAGUCGAUGGCCGCAGCAUUUCAAUCAUGAGCAUCUUAAAUCCUAGCAUCUUAUGGAGCAAUUAGCGCGUAAAACAUUCUCUUCCAUUGCAUUGAAGAGAAAAGAAUGGGGAUUACAAACACACCUUACAAUGAUCCCGGGAAUUAUAGGUAUCCAAAUAACCUAGGCAGAGGGUGUCAGGUAAGAGUUGGCGUACGUCCUGCACCCAGGAGAAACUAAAAGGACACGAUCUCACGUACAGAGAGGAUAAGCAACACAGAGAGGAGGAAAAAGUGAAGAGGACCAAACUCUGAAGAUGGCAUUUGAAGACAGGUGACAGUAAUCUUGUAGUGUUGAUGACCUGAUAUCUAUCGGAUCUUUCGAGCGGUCAUUUUGCCAGGAGUGCCCUCUCGGUCAGAAAGACGAGCCAGUGAGCAGUCAGUGUGAAUUACUUAAGUAGGCAAGUACUACUACUACGAAACCUUCGGAAUGCCUAGGACCUCUUAUUGGGUGGACGGUUUUAGUUGGUUGGAAUUGUACUCGAGUGCAUAACAGAACAUUCGAGCCAGGAAAGUAAUGAAUGAACCUUACCCGAUCUUAAAUGUCGUCUAAGACUGACUUAACUGACUGACUCUGCAUGGUUCUGGCCUGUCAUUCAGAGUUUGAAAGAACUGUACUCUCUGUUCAACUCUGAUUCAAUAAAGUUUCGAGGAU